UUAAAAUCAUGAACGUCAACGUCAAAGACAUAUAUCUUAAAUAAAUUUAUUUUAGAUCGUCAUAAAUAGACAUUAUUCUUUAGACUCGUGUAAUACUGCAAUAAAACUAUAUUAUUUUUUACCGCUAAAGAUUGUUUGGCAUCAUGGGAAGUGGACCGUUUUGGAAGCUUUUGAUGAUAGGGAUUUUCUUUAUUCCGUGUACCAAAUGUCAAGUUAGACGUGUUAUUAGAUUACGUGACGGAACAACGCACUUAGAGGGACGUGUGGAGUUAUUUCACAAUGGAAUAUGGGGUACGAUCUGUGAUGAUGGAACAAAUACAAACUUUGCCAAGGUCGUGUGUCGACAGCUCGGAUUUUCUACGGACAAUGUGGAAGUACGUACGAGUGCCUUUUUCGGUGCAGGUAGUGAUCCGAUUUGGCUGGACGAUGUAACUUGUCAAGGAGACGAGGCUUCGAUCGACGCGUGUACGUUCAGACCAUGGGGACAACACAACUGCGGACAUCACGAAGAUGUCGGAGUAACAUGCGCACAUGCUAUUAGACUUCGUGACGGAACAACGCCCUUAGAGGGUCGUGUUGAAGUAUUUCACAAUGGAACAUGGGGUACUGUCUGUGAUGAUGGCCUAGGUACAACAUUUGCCAAGGUCGUGUGUUGACAGCUCGGAUAUGCUACUUACAUUGUGCAAGUACGAACGAGUGCCUUUUUCGGUGCAGGUAUUGAUCCAAUUUGGCUGGACGAUGUAACUUGUCAAGGACACGAGCCUUCGGUCGACGCGUGCACGUUAAGACCAUGGGGACUGCACAACUGCGGACAUGGCGAAGAUGUCGGAGUAACAUGCACAAGUGCUAUAAGACUACGUAACGGUACAACGCACGAGGGUCGUGUUGAAGUAUUUCACAAUGGAACAUGGGGUACUGUCUGUGAUGAUGGCAUAAAUACAAACUUAGCCAAGGUCGUGUGUCGACAGCUCGGAUAUCCUACUGAGAAUGCGGAAGUACGUACGAGUGCCUUUUUCGGUGCAGGUAGUGGGUACCCGAUUUGGAUGGACGAUGUCACUUGUCAAGGACACGAGCCUUCGAUCGACGCGUGUACGUUCAGUGCAUGGGGACAACACAACUGCGGACAUCACGAAGAUGUCGGAGUUAUAUGUAAUGGCACAAGUGCUAUAAGACUACGUAACGGUACAACGCACGAGGGUCGUGUUGAAGUAUUUCACAAUGGAACAUGGGGUACUGUCUGUGAUGAUGGCAUAAAUACAAACUUUGCCAAGGUCGUGUGUCGACAGUUCGGAUAUCCUACUGACAAUGCGGAAGCACGUACGAGUGCCUUUUUCGGAGCAGGUACUGGGUACCCGAUUUGGAUGGACGAUGUCACUUGUCAAGGACACGAGCCUUCGAUCGACGCGUGCACGUUCAGUGCAUGGGGACAACACAACUGCGGACAUCACGAAGAUGUCGGAGUUAUAUGUAAUGUAACCUGCUCUGUACCGGACGUAGAGGAUGCUUCGAAAGAUUCGGGGGCAACGAUUGUUUACAACACGACUGUUACGUACACGUGUGCAGAAAGUUACAUUGUAACUAAUGGCAGUUUAGUAAGGACAUGUCAAGCUGACGGCCAAUUGGAUGGUACUUCCCCAACUUGUACUCCAGGAACACGAGCGAUUAGAUUAAGUAACGGUACAACUCAAUUAGAGGGUCGUGUGGAAGUAGUACACAAUGGAACAUGGGGUACGAUCUGUGAUGAUGGAACAAAUACAAACUUUGCCAAGGUCGUGUGUCGACAGCUAGGAUAUGCUACUGAUAGUGUGGCAUUACGCACGGUUGCUGAUUUCGGUGCAGGUAGUGGCCCGAUUUGGCUGGACGAUGUCACUUGUAAAGGAGACGAGCCUUCGAUCGACGGGUGUACGUUCAGUGCAUGGGGACAACACAACUGCGGACAUAACGAAGAUGUCGGAGUAACAUGCACACCUGCUAUAAGACUACGUAACGGUACAACGUUCUUAGAGGGUCGUGUUGAAGUAUUUCACAAUGACACAUGGGGUACUGUCUGUGAUGAUGGCAUAAAUACAAACUUUGCCAAGGUCGUGUGUCGACAGCUCGGAUAUCCUACUGACAGUGUGGCAUUACGCACGGUUGCUGAUUUCGGUGCAGGUAGUGGCCCGAUUUGGCUGGACGAUGUCACUUGUCAAGGAGACGAGGCUUCGAUCGACGCGUGUACGUUCAGACCAUGGGGACAGCAGAACUGCGGGCAUAGCGACGAUGUCGGAGUUAAUUGUAAUGAUUCUGGCACCGUACAAGCGGUGCCACACAGCACGUACACAUCCCCAACAAACACACUCAUCGGUGCACGUGUAACGUACUCGUGUAAUUCUGGAUAUACGUCGUCGGGUGCAGUGAUCAUUUCAUGCUCGACAAGCGGUUGGACCACACCACCAGUCUGUCAUCAAGCAUUCUGUGGCAUGACCAAGGCAGAGUAG